AUGACAUUUCCAGUAUGUGAUCCAAGAACUGGUGAAGAAAUUUGUCAAGUUGAGGAAUCAACAAAAGUCGAUGUUGAUAAAGUUGUUAAAGCUGCUCGCAAUGUAUUUCGUAAUGAUUCUGAGUGGAGAAAAAUGAACGCAGUUGUACGUGCUGAUCUAAUGAAAAAAUUUGCCGAAUAUCUACGACGUGAUAUUGAUUAUUUAUCGAAACUUGAAACUCUUAAUAAUGGUAAACCAUUGGAAGAGAAUAAAAUGGAUAUUACAAUUUCAGCUGAUUGUAUUGAUUAUUAUGCUGGUUUGGUUGAUAAAAUAAUGAAUAAAACAUCAACAACGCCAACAGAUUCAUUUUUGCACUCUUAUAAUUCACCAAUAGGUGUUCUUGGACAAAUUAUAUCAUGGAAUUAUCCAAUAAUGAUGUUGGCAUUUAAACUUGGUCCAGCUUUAGCUUGUAACACAGUCAUUUUAAAACCAGCUGAAGAGACGCCAUUAACAGCUUUGUAUUGUGCAAGUUUAUUGAAAGAAGCUGGUUUUCCUCCUGGUGUUGUUAAUAUAUUACCAGGUGAUGGUUCUAAAUGCGGACAAUUCAUUGUUACUCAUAAAGGAAUUGAUAAAGUUGGUAAACAAGUUCAAGAAUUAGCUGCAAAAUCAAAUUUGAAAAGUUUAUCAUUAGAAUUACUUGAAAAAUGUCCAUUAAUUAUUUGUGAAGAUGCUGAUCUUGACUCUGCUGUAGAAUUAACCCAUCGUACAAUAUUUGCAAAUUCUGCUCGAAGUUGUUUUGCUGGAUCAAGAAUAUUUGUUCAUGAAAAAAUCUAUGAUCGAUUUGUUAUUAAAUCUGUUGAAUUAGCUACUCAACGAGUCGUCGGUGAUCCUUUCGAUUCAAAAACUAAACAAGGACCUCAAAUUAACGAUGAAAAAUUUCAAAAAACCAUAAAAUAUAUCAAAUCCGGAAUAAAACAAGGGGCGAAAUUGGAGUGUGGUGGAGAACGUUUUGGGACAAACGGCUUUUUUAUUCCACCGACGAUAUUUAGUAAUGUCAUUGAUGAUAUGGAUAUAACAAGUGAUAAGGAGAAUCCAUCGAAUUCAACUGCAUCAACAAAUGUUGUUUCGUCUCCUACUCGAUCAUUGGAGAAUAAAAUAAGUCGAAGAUGGGGCACAAGUGAACGAACAGUGGGUGAUAGUUCAUCAUCAACAACAAAUAAUACAAGCCCAUAUGUUCGUUGUCGAUCAGCUACUGGUACUAAUGAACCAUCAACACCAGCAACGAUUGUUAGUGUAACAACAUCUCUUCCACCAACAACAAAUACACUUGAUGAUUCAACAAGUGAAAAAAGACGAUCAAAUGUUCCACCAAGUCGUGAUGAAGAAGCUGAAGCACAAGAAAUAAAUAAUUUACUUUCAACAGUAGAAGAAAAUACAAAUGAUAAUAAUCAACAAAAAUUUUUAUCAAAUAUUGAUAAUGAUAUUGAAAAAGCUAAUCAACAUAUGCGUCAUUUACUUGCUGAACUUGAUGAAAAAACUCGUCGUAUUAAAGAACUUGAUUUAUUACUUAAUCAAGAAAAAGAUCAUUGUAAAGAACUUGAAACAAAAUUAAAAGUUGUUUUAGAAUUACGAGAAUGUGAUGCUCAUUUAUAUAUUCGUCAGUUAGCACAAACUGAUGCUGAAUUACGUAAAGCAAGAAGAGAUACUGAACGUGUUAGAAUUUUACAACAACAAUUAGAAUUUAAACAUGAACAAACAAAAUUUAAUGAAGAAUCUAGUAAAUCACAACAUGAAAUACAUGAAAAAUGGAUGGAAGUUAAACGAUUAACAAGAGAACUUGAUGGAUCAAGAAAAGAAUGUGAAAGUCUACGAAAACAAAUUACUAAAUAUGCAAACAAUCAACGUUUAUCUCAAGAGCAAACAAUGCAUAAACCAAUGCUACAACAUAUCAAUAACAAUAGUCGAAUAUCGAGUGAAGCAGAAAUAAAUAGUAGCUCUUCCUCCUUACCACUUCCAUGUAAACAAGAAGAAAGGCUAAUUGAACAAAGUAGCAAUUCUAGAACUACAAGUCUGAUCAAAAUGUUCAAGACAGAGCCACGUUUUAUUGUUUUACCUCGACCAUGUUUUUAUUCACAACCAUUUAUAUCUUCACUAGUAUUUAAUCGAUUUAUGUUAUCUAAUCAAUUUCCGAUACUAUAUGAUAGUUCACAGAGAAUCAUAAAUCAAAAUAACUUUUUAUCUGCUAAAAAAAAAUAA